CGGCGGCACCGGGACCAGUUGCGAGCGUAUGUGCGCGCGCGGCGGCGGCGGCGGGGCGGAGCGCGCUCGCCGCUCCCGUGUGGUGGGCAGCGCGCGAGGGGUCGGGAGCGUGCCGGCCUCGGGACAGGCUCGCGCGCCGGCCGUCGCCAUGUCCGCCACCAUCGAGCAGGAGUUUCAGGAGAUCGAUGCCGCUAACGACUGGCAAGCGCGUUAUCUGGAAAUUCGGCACAAAUCCAGUGACUAUCCUCAUAGAGUUGCAAAAUAUCCAGAAAACAGAAACCGGAACAGAUACAGAGAUGUUAGUCCAUAUGAUCAUAGUCGUGUAAAACUGCAAAACACCGAGAAUGACUAUAUCAAUGCCAGCCUAGUGGUCAUAGAAGAAGCCCAGAGAUACUAUAUUUUAACACAGGGCCCACUGCCUAAUACAUGUUGUCAUUUUUGGCUAAUGGUAUGGCAACAACAAACCAAAGCAGUUGUCAUGCUGAACAGAACUGUUGAAAAAGAAUCAGUGAAGUGUGCACAAUACUGGCCAACAAAAGAAGAGGAAGUUAUGACAUUCAAUGAAACAGGUUUCCGUGUGAGACUAGUAUCUGAAGACGUCAAAUCCUAUUACACAGUACAUCUACUACAGUUAGAAAAUAUCAACAGUGGCGAGUCCAGGAUGAUCUUUCAUUUUCAUUAUACUACAUGGCCAGACUUUGGCGUUCCUGAAUCUCCAGCUUCAUUCCUGAACUUCCUGUUUAAAGUCAGAGAGUCUGGUUCACUAAAUCCUGAACACGGACCUGCAGUAGUUCACUGCAGUGCAGGGAUUGGACGUUCUGGCACAUUUUCAUUAGUAGACACUUGUCUUGUUCUGAUGGAAAAAAAAGACCCUUUUUCUGUAGAUAUUAAAAAGGUUUUAUUGGACAUGAGAAAAUAUCGAAUGGGACUUAUUCAGACUCCUGAUCAGUUAAGAUUUUCGUAUAUGGCUGUAAUAGAAGGAGCAAAAUUUAUAAUGGGAGAUUCAACUAUACAGAAACGGUGGAAGGAGCUCUCUAAGGAGGACCAAGCAUCAAGUUCUGAGCAGUCUCCUCCACACCCAACCAAAAUAACCACAGAGAAGUACAAUGGGAACAGCAUCGGCCUGGAGAGCAAAGAACAGGCGGAGAAAAUAAAUACUGACCUGUCCACUAAAGUUCAAGAUAUCACAGAUGGAAACAUUGAAAGUGUCCGAAAACGACUGCGAGAGGAUAGAAAAGCUAACACAGCACAGAAGCUGCAGCAGAUGAAGCAGAAACUAAAUGAGACUGAAAGAAAAAGAAAAAGGUGGUUAUAUUGGAAACCUAUUCUCACUAAGAUUGGGUUUGGUACACUGAUUUUAGUUGGCGCUUUUUCUUGCUGGAAAAUGUAUUUUCAAGAACAUUCCUUGUAAGUAAAGAGUAGCCUGGCUGCUCCAGCAGCUGACUUUGCUGCAAGUUAAGGACUAGGGGUGUGACUUUAAGCAGUAAACUCUUUACACCUGGAAUUGGGUACAGAUCAUUAUGUACGAUAGUGAAGUGAUGUAAACUUGAUCCCAUGUCAGCAUCUCAGGACAUUCCACUGCAGGUACUUAGAAAAAUGAACUGCUGUCCCCCAAGAGAGGUGAUGUUUGGUUCUUUAUAUGAGCAGGUACAAACUUGCUGCAACUGUUUAUACACUUUUUAAAAUGGUGUUCUACCAGAUCUUGAGCAAACCCUGAACUGCAGAGGUUUAGCUACUGAAGGCUGUCUGGAUUUAAAUUUACAUGCCUGACUUAAGCAAUAAACAGUGUUGUAUCAUUUACGUUAUUAAUGCAAAGAAGUUAUCCUUAAAUGUGUGUAAUGUGUAAUGUACUAGUGACCUGAACAUAAACAUUUUAUAUUCUUACGACCUAGGAUAAAUAUAUUUUAUAAUUGCAUAUUUAAUCUUUUUGUAGUUCACUGUACUUUUAAAAGCUCAGUUUGUACAAAUUUCUGACCAAAAAGAAUUUGAUUUUGAAACAAAAUGUAAUUACAAUUUGUGCAUGAAAAUAAUAGUGCAACCAUUCCCCAUAUUUUGACUUUCCCAGUUUAUGAUAUGAGCAGCUAGGGGUCUGAUGAAGCACUGACCAAUUUCUACUCUGUUAAUCUGCAUUCCUUAUUUAUUUUUUUCUUGUAGUUUUCAUUAUUUAAGUAAGGCUUGGAAGUUGGCUCUUUUUUUUUUUUAAGCUUUUGAGAACUUAGCCCCCACUGAAAAGCAAACUCAUAAAUUGAUUAAUGUAUUCCAACUUCAACUACUGUUUGAAGGCCAGCAUUGUUACAGUUCAGACAUUCCAUUAAAUGUGAAGCGAUGCUUUGUGUGUCUAUAGAUCUUAAUUGCUAGAAAGAAUAAUUUUUUUUCAUCAGUAAUAGGUGUAGAAAGCACAUCAAAGGAAACUACAGCUGGAUUUCCAAAGGUGGUUUUAGUAGGAAACAAAUGUUGGUAGUGUUUCCCUGUCCCCAGUAUGUUUGGCUGUAUUACCCACUUCUGUAACUUCACAAUUUUGAGAACUUCUUUUCAGGUUCCCCAGCACUGUAUUAGAGAGGUGUGACUUAAAUUGCAUAACAGCUAGUAUUUUGGGAAUAACUUGGGCUGUCAUCAUCAAAAUUGUGGAGCACUCCCUUUCCAUUUGUUGGUAAAACUUUCUAAUUAGUAAUUCAACAGAACCAACUUUCUGUCCUCUGAAUUCUCUUUGAAUAUAGAGGUCAUACAUGGCUGCGUGUAGCUUGCUGUCGUUCAAACUGAGUCCUAAUAAUUUGUGGUAUUGGACUGCACUUUGAGACCCGGAGUUUGUUUAUUCCAGCAUUGCUUUGUUGGGUGACUUCAGAGAAGUCCAUGUAUUCUCCUAGCUUGGUUGUUUCCUGUUAGAUAUGGGAUUUUGAUGGAGGUCUUCUUUUCUUCCUCCCCCCCCCCCCCCCCUUUUGUCCUUUUGUAAAAGCACUUCUUGGAUUUACUGCUGAAAAAAUACUACAAGAGCUAGAUAAUUUACUUUGCUCCUAUCCGAAGGAGUUGACUUGAAAGGUUUCCAGUACACUCAAGCUUACUAGUAACAUACCAGGCAUGGGGCCCAAGGAGUCCAGCAUUACUAUGCAAAGCUGAGUUUACUUUUUGAAAGCCUCGUUUCACAAUAGCUAAUACUAUUUUGGACUACGCUGUUUAGAUUGUAAACAAAUACUUAAGGGCCCAGAUAAGGAAAACAAAUGUAGUUACAUGCAGUUCUGCAUUUGGGGAGUUGUGUGCCAGUAAAACAAGUUUGUCCUGUGAUGCUGCUGACCAGCGAGGCAGCAGCUCUCAUGGCAAAAGGUCUUCCGCAGGGCCGUGGCAUGGGUCAGGUGGGCAGCCAGGGCCAUGUUUACGUGUUUAAAGACAUUUUGUUAUGUUUAGAGCCACAAGAACCCUCUGAGCCAAAAAGAGGCUUGGCAAAAGAUUGGUUUUUUUUCUUCUUUACAAUGGGAGGAUAGAUUUUUCAGUAUCAGCUGUAACAGAUAGUAGGUGUAAAUAUAUGUGCCUUAUAAAGAUGUUUUGGUUGUGGAAAAGCAUGGGGAAUUUAAUUAAAGGCUCUGUAACAGAAAUACUCCAGAUUUUAUUCUAAAGACUUAAAAGCAACUGAGGAAGGAAAAAGUGCAGGCAAAACCUUCAGGGAAAUCACACUGUCACUUUCAGCCUUUCUGUUUGCAUGAGGAGCAUGGGCCACCAGUGUCCCACUGACGCUGAGCUCUGUAUCUUGUCAAGUUGUCACUUGAAUUUUUUUCCGAUUCCAUCUUCUGAGUUCUGGCUUUUUGAUUCUCUCCAUUCUUAGUAGGUGUUCCUCUGCUCUGGGUGGGGUGAGACAGGGCAGGAGGGUCCAUCUUGCAUCGUUUCAUAGUACUUGAUGAAGUGCAGUAGGGCUUGCACAUUCACCAGUCGAUCUGUAAAACUUUGGUUUCAUGACUGUGUUUGUCUUGAGAGUCUAACAGUUAAGGACCAUAUACCAAUAAAAGUCUUGGACAAAACUGUUUUGUGCAGUGAAUUGUUCAUGACACUAUGGGUGUAGGAAGUGAAAUGAAACAUUAGAUCCUGUAGUACGUUCCAAGAGGCAAUUUGGAUAAAACUCCUUUCUAGGCCAUUAGUAAUUGUUAACCAAAAUCUGGGGGACGCCUGGUCUCUUUGCUGCAAACUGAGCCCUUGUGACUUUGUUAUUCUGUGGGUUUUAAACCUGCAGCAGUCUUGCACAACUUGAACGUUAAAUAAGAACUAAUACGGGCCAAAAUGAAGAACUGGUCAUCCCAGUGAGCUCUAUCACAGGAAAUGCUUAAAGAGGGUAAAAGUGAAGGAUGUGCCUUCUGCCCCCUCUCCUGCUUCCCCUCCCGCCCCAACUUCUGGCAAGCUCCUGGCUGGUCCUGUGCUGCUUCUCAAAUGCUGUUGCACUCAAUUCCAUGUGUUCCUGUGCUUGGUUUAUCUGGAAAUACAUCAGCCAAAAUACUUGAUGCGUAGUGGACUUCCUUGAAUUUAAUUAAGUGAUGUUUGAUUCUCAUGUGAACACUUCUGUACAAGUCAUGCACACUUAUAAAAAGUCCCUAACAAGUGUUUGUACCACUGUGGCGAGGAGUUUGCAAACUCGGAGUGAGUCCUUUAGAUUGUCUGUUGGUGUUCUUGAUGCAGGGACAGUCCAUUUUGAGUGACGGUACAUCUGUGUAUUUCUUGAAACAUAUUAGGUAAAAUCAUUGAACUCAGUAUGAAAUAGCAAUUUGAAAAGAUUAUGGAUUUAUUUCAUGGAAGUAAGAUGUUGCAAGUGAAACUUCGCUUAUUUUGUUAAGCCUUGAGUAAAAUGGUCUACUGGCAUCAAUUUAUUUCCCACUGAAAAAGGUAGAGAUGUAAAUGUGUAUGCCCGUAUGUGUGACUGGACUGUGCAGGCAAUGAAAAAGCCUGGCUAGCUUUAAGUUUAAUGAAUGUCAACCAAAUCCUUCAGUUUGCUGUUUGGCAUUAUAGUUAAACCUGAGACACUUGAGGAUUGCACAAGGACCUAAAUUAACAAUGACAAAAGAGGAAGUCUUCUGCAUGGCUGAGUGCCUUAAGUCAGAGGACAAAAUUUGCAAAGCUGAUGUAACACUUGGUAGUCUUCCUGGGCUUUUUUGUUUUCCCCCAGAAUUUUAGGUCAGUCUUUCAUUUUCCUGUACGAAAAAUAAAUGUGUUCAAAAUUGUA